AUGGCGGGUGCUUGCUACGACGUGUGCUUUGAGGCGGACCCCGCGGCUGUACGGCGUGUAGUUCGAUAUCGUGUGGUAUUGUCGUGGAAGGGAAACCCAUGGUUGCGCAGUCCUCGCCACAAGAACUCAGGCAACACAGAAAUCACCUAUGUAGGUGAGGGCCGUGGUGCUUACAACAAGGAAGUGGUGACCAACAACGGUGGCUGGCGUUUGCGCCCCAUGUGGUACCUCUGCGGCUGUUUCCUAUGUUUCCUUCCUCUCUUUUUCAUCACCUUUUGGUUUUGGCCACGGCCUGUGCCCUCCCGGGACGUGCCGGAUAAGCCUUUGGUGGAUUGCUACACGGGCUACUACAACGGCAUGUGGCGUGAGACCUGGGACGUUGACCACGCGGCCUGGUGUUGUGCCGAGAUGGGACGCGGCUGCCCAGCGCAUGACGAAGUCCCGGUCCCGGUGCCUGCUCCUCGUCCUCAGUUCCACUACAAUUGCAAUGCCGGAUUCUCCAACUGGUACUGGGGCUGGUCCAACCACAAGAAGGGCUGGUGCUGCAGUCACGUUCGCAAGGGAUGCCCAGGCACCUGGCAUGGAAGCUACCACUUUCACGCCCACAUGGUUCAUGGCGUGGGUCAUGCGCAUGGAAAGAUCUACGACUGCGUCGCAGGCUUCUCCAACUGGAUGCAGGGAUGGUCUGACUCCAAGAAGGACUGGUGCUGCAAACGCGAAAACCGCGGCUGCGUGAAGUUCCACUGCUCCGGCGAAGCCUCGGCGUGGCACAGCUGGGGGGACAGACAGCGAGAGUACUGCUGCGACAAUUUCCAGAAGGGCUGCCCAAGGACCACCCUUUCUCCAAUGAAGUGUGAUGCCACCUGCACCGUGGGUGGCGAAACCUCCAAAUGCUCCGAUCGAAUCCAUUGGGUGGCCAACAAUGUCUUCGGCGCCAAGAGCAACAAGUGCGCCCUGGCCUACAGCAAGGUGCAGGUGGAUUGCGACAUUUGCCGCGCCUGCACCAUCGAGGCCGCUGGCUGCGAAGUCCACGCCAAGGGCCGUGAUCCCUUUGACUGCAAUGCUGCGCUCAGCAACUUCUUCCGAGCCUGGUCUCCUUCGAAGAAGCACUGGUGCUGCACCAAGCAAGGCAAAGGUUGCGAAGGCUCACAGCCACCGAGCGUUGAUGCUGGCGCCGGGAUGGUCUGGAAACAUGUGAAGGUGAACGGCUAUUGGACCUGGCAGGCUGUGCAUGGCCACGGCUACGUGAGCGCUCCCUACGAUUGCCAUGCAGGCUUGGAGAAUCGGCACAUUGGUUGGUCUGUCGGCAAGAACCUUGGGACCGAAUAUCGCUGGGAUAUGCUGGGAAGUCCUGGUGCUGCUCCCACGAGCAAUUGGGUUGCCAUGCCGGUGACGCUGGUGGCGCUGGUGGCGCGGCACAUGGCGAGUUCCAUGUGGUGCACGAUGGUGGUGCUUACCACCACGGAGGUGCUCUCCACCACGGAGGUUCCUACGAAACGCAUCAUGUGGUCCAUCAUGUCGUCCACCACUACGACUGAAGCAGGACUCGCCGUUGCGCCACCAGCCAAGCUGGGGCCAUCCGUCGCACGUGACGCAGACUCCCCGUUUUUCGCUGGCGCCCAGGCCUCGAGCGCGGGCAUAGAAGCCCUGGUGUAUACUUCAAACGAAAGAUUCUCCAAGAAUCAGGGUGAGCAAAACCCAGAUUUUUAA